UUGGUCACGAUAUCUAUUGAAAUUAAAUUAGAAAUUCAAUACCUAUAUUGAAUAUUCAAAGCUUGUAAUGAAUUCCAAAUAUCAACCUGAAACUAAAUGCCGAUGGAAGUCUUACCAGAUCUACCGGCUCGUCAUCUGGGGGUGGAUGAUGAACGAAAUAUCAGCUGUGUUCGGCCCCGCGGACAUGUCCCACCAUGGGUACUAUAUUCAUAUGAUGUUGUAUACAACUGCUGCAAUUUUCAUUGGAUUGCCAUUGGUAUACUCAGAAGUAUGUAUCGCCCAAUACACAAACUGUGACAGCGUCAGCAUUUGGAAUUAUUUCCCUUUAUUACGCGGCGUUGGAUAUAGCUCCAUCUUCUUAGUCCUACUGAAAACAAUGUACGUUAUGGUUCUAUCAGUUUGGUACAUAGAAUACUCUUUUUAUGCAGCUAUUGACAUACCGCCGUGGUUCACAUGUGCAGAUUUUAAUGAGACUUAUUGCAUGGUGAAGAGAGUCAACGUGUCCAUUUUUCAACAUUGCCUAGAAACACAGUUUUUGUUCGAUGAAGAUUGCGGAAUGCGAACAGCAAGCUAUUGCUUCUUCCAAAGGGAAAUAGGUGAUAAUAAUACAUUAGAGUCUACAACUUGCAUGCACCCAUGGAAGCAGAUUGUAGCAAGCAGCACAAUAAGCUUUUCUAUAUUUGUUCUUUCGCUAAAGAAGGAUAAAUUCAUACAAAUAUAUGUGAAAAUCUUGGCCAUGCUGAUUACAGCCAGUGUUUUUGUGCUUUUGAGUAUAUCAUUGUCCACCAGUGGAUCUUGGUAUUCCGCUAAAACAAUAUUGGGUUUGGAUUGGGACACUAUAUCUUUAAGUGACAGCUUGAGACCAAUUUCCUUAGGAUUUUUGUCUGUGGGAACAGGCUACGGCAUCCUCAGCCACAUCUCAAGAGACGUCCCAUUCAGGAGUCCUGCAAUGAUGUCGGUCAUCAGUUCUACAUUAUUUUCUAUAUGUUUUAGUAUUAUGAUGGGGUUAGUUAUUUUUAGUGGCAUAAAGUCGAUGUCAUAUUAUCAUGGCGAGGAGGAAAACGUAAUUGAGUUUGGAGACAGCAGUUUUUUUUCUCCACUAGCAUCUGUGUCUGAGAUUUUAAUUUAUUUUGAUGCGAUAGCAAUUUGGUCAUUUAUUUGGUAUUUUUCAAUUUUGUUGUGUUUAUACUUCAUUAUUUGGCUACAGUACUUAUAUUUAAGGUAUUUAAUAAUACAUUACGUAUCUUUUGCACAUGGACAUUUUAAACUGGUAAGCGUUCUAGUUGCAUUAUCAAUGACCAUGUUGUCUUGGCCAUUUUUAUGUUCAGAUUUAACUUCUUCUCUGAGUGAUUCUAUAGAAAUUCUACAAAUCUGCAAUAGUUUAUUAUUUUCUAUUUCAUUAUAUUGGAUAUACGGGUAUCAGAAACAUAGUGUCGAUAUAGUAUUUAUGAUCGGCAUCAGAUCGAGCUAUUUUUGGAAAAUUUGUUGGUUGCUUAAUCCCCUUUUAAUUAUUUUUAUUUUAUUUGCAAAAUUAAAUCAUUGGGCAGGUGGAGAAUACGAGGAUUCCUAUGAAUUUCCAUGUAUUGAUUUGAGAUGCGAUGAACUUGUAUUUUAUAUAAUUUUUGUGGCUCAUUUUUCUAUUAUACUAUUAGGUGCAUUAUGUGAAAUAUUAUUGUAUUUCAAAAAUGAUAAGGUUCUGAACAUAUUUUUUCCGUCUGAAGAAUGGGGUCCUAUAGAUAUAAUAUUAUAUAGAAGCAGGAAAAUGUUUGUACCUGAAAUAAUGACCACUGAAUUUUUGUACCGACAAGUAAGAAUACAUAGAUAUACGAGAAAAUGUAAUGAGAAUAAAAAAUGUGGUCAUUUAGAUGGCGAUUUAGAUAAUCAGUCGUCAAUAGAAAUAGGGCAAUGGAGCGCGUUAACAUCAAAUUAGUACUACUUAAUGAAAUAAAAGUUUAUAUAUAUAUAGACUAUGAGCUUUACAUUAAAAAUUUAUA